UAACAGGACGGACUUGUUUGAUAUUGAUCUUCUACCCUUGCAAGUAUCUGCCGAUGUCGGGUCUAAUUAUAGAGCUCUGCUGAAGCGCCCGAACAUGAGAGUUCUAUGCUGGUUGAGUAAAAGCACGAAUACUUUGAAGUGAUCUCCGAGUAAUUAAUUAUUUGUUCUUUUGCUGCCCAAAAUGCCGUAGAGUUGCAUGCCAGCCAGGGUCCCUAACAGGGGCGCCCUCACUUUUUGACGCUGGACGCGACGCCGCUGCGCCUCAAGGUCGAACCAGCUCCAAUCCUCUCAACGUCCGACUAUCUUUCCAUUGCCACAUCACUCUGACCACCACACUACACAUCGACGAACACUGCCAGACCAACUCGAAUUGCCCGACUUGACAGCUAUUCGACUGCAAAAAACUCCCCGACCACAGACCCCCCGAUGGCCGACGACAGCCUCCCCCCCUCGCUCGACCUGCGCGACCCGGCUGGGAGCAUCGACGCCGCGCGGACGACAGCGACCGCCGACUCGGAGACGAACGAGGGACCAGCGCGCGAGGGCGAUGCCGCCGCAUCACUUCACAGCCCGGCAGGCCAGCCACCAGCAGCACCAGCAGCACCAGCAGCACCAGCAGCAUCAGCAGCAUCAGGCGCCCCCCGACCCGAGGUGCAGAAGCAGGUCGAGGGCGUCCUGUCCUCCGAGAUUGGCAUCGCGACGCUCCUGAACCGCCUCAAGCAGAGCAUCGCGUCGGCCAAGGAAUUCGCCCUCUUCCUCAAGAAGCGCGCCGACCUUGAGGAGCACAAUGCCGCCGGCCUCAAAAAGGUCUGCCGCGCCACCCAGGACAGCAUCCGCCGCCCCGAGCACCGCACCGGCACCUUCUCCCAGGCCUACGAGGAAAUGGUCUACAUUCACGAGCGCAUGGCCGAGAAUGGCAGCCACUUUGCCGCCUCGCUCCAGCAGAUGCACGACGACCUCGUCGACGCCGCGUCCGCCGCCGAGCGCAGCCGCAAGACCUGGAAGACAAACGGCCUCGCCGCCGAGCAAAAGGUGGCCGACCUCGAGCAGGCCAUGCGCAAGAGCCGGUCCAAGCUCGACACCCUCGCCGAGGACUAUGAGCGCGUCCGCACCGGCGAGAGCCGCCAGACGGGCAAGGUCCUCAACGCCUUCAAGAACAAGUCGGCCGCCGACCAGGAGAUGGAGCUCAAGAAAAAGGUCGAGCACGCCGACCAGAACUACCGCCAGGCCGUCGAGACGUACCGCGGCGAGAAGCAGCUGCUCGAGACCACCACGCGGCCCGACGCCGUCCACCAGAUCCGCAACCACGUCCGCGAGCUCGACGCCGGCCUGGGCCUGCAGAUGCAAAAGUUUGCCGCCUUUAACGAGAAGCUGCUCCUCAGCAACGGACUGAGCGUCAGUCCGCUGCGAGGGCCCGGCGGCGACAACCAUCCUGCCUCGCGCAGCCUGCGACACGCCGUCCUGUCGAUUGACAAUGAGAGGGACCUGGACGACUUCCUGGCGGGCCACCACGCCCGCGUCCCUGCACAUGCAGGCGACGUCAAGUACGAGCGGCACCCUACCCUCGAACCCCCUUCACACUUCCAAGGCGGCCCUCCUCCGCCCGCCCCCGUCGCCAUCCCCCCGCCGUCCUCCUCCUCAGCAGCAGCAGCACCGCCUCCACCGCCUCCCAUGGGCCAGAGCAUGUCGCCAGGCGGCCACGAGCCCCGUCGACCGUUUGCCCAGCCGCCGCCGCACCAGCACCAACGCAGCUUCAGCGGCCAGGACGCCCCCCAACUCGGUGCCCUGCCCUUCCAAGGCGGCAGCGGUGGCGCUGGCGUCGGCCAACUGCCUCCCUCCGCGCCCUUCAACGCCCACGAACGCCAAGGCAGCGCCGCCGCCGCCGGCACACCGACGACCACGACCCCCUCGGCCGCCCUCAACCCCGUCUUCGGCGUCCACCUCGCGCACCUCUACGAGCGCGACGGCGUGCCCGUCCCCGCCGUCGUCGAGCAGUGCAUCCGCGCCGUCGACCUCUUUGGCCUCGGCACCGAGGGCAUCUACCGCCAGUCCGGCUCCAUGGCGCACAUCCAGAAGCUGCGCGCCAUGUUUGACCGCGAGCGCCAGAGCCCCGCCCUCAACUUCCAGGACCCGGACAACUUCUUCCACGACGUCAACAGCGUCACCGGCCUGCUCAAGCAGUUCUUCCGCGACCUCCCGGAUCCCGUCCUCACCGCCGACAAUCACGACGGCCUCGUCGCCGCCGCCAAGCAUGACGACGACACGCAGCGUCGCGACUCCAUCCACGCCAUCAUCAACGCCCUCCCGGACCCCAACUACGCCACCCUCCGCGCGCUGUGUCUGCACCUCCACCGCGUCGUUGAGAAUGCACAUGUGAACCGCAUGAGCUCGCAUAACCUCGCCCUCAUCUUUGGGCCCACCCUCAUGGGCACGGAUCCCGCCAAGGCCAUUCAAGAUGCGGGCUGGCAGAUCAAGGUCGUCGAUACCCUGCUGCAGAACACGUACCAGAUUUUUGAUGAGGAUUAGUGGGCGAGACUGUAUUUGUCUGGUAGCCGAUGCAGCGUCAACUUGAAUGGAACAUGUAAACGUAAUACCUCAUUUGCUCUAAUCGUACCUACGCCCAAGACGCCAUGGCUAAUGCGAUACAAUGCCCCGUGAAUGAUCAUAAUACCCGCUCAUAAGACAAACGAAAGGAAAACAAAAGUACACAGCUCCGUAUGCAGUCGUGCCCAUCCCUCCUCAUACAAUCAUUGAAUCUUGAUCGACUCAAAAAGACACAAAUUCAGAGACGUGUCAUUCUCCCCCACCAGCGGCGUCGACUCGCUCAGCAUCUCCCAUCGACGCAUCACAAACGGCGUGAGACGCUCCGGCACCGGCGGCCCAAUCCCGUACAUGGCGCCCAUGGCACCCCG